UCUACCUUCCCCUUCCCAAUAUAUAACAUAAUAUGUAUUCAUAAUAUAUAUUCAUAAAUAUCAAUAUCAAUAUUUUUGGCAAGCGGCAUCCCCGCCGCCUUCAGGUAGGGCGGGGCCGCGGGCUCCGCAGCAGAGGAAGAAGCGGCGCGGAGGGCAGAGGAAACCCGGCCAUGGCCGGCCCGGCGUCGGCGUGCAGCCUGAAGGACGAGCUGCUGUGCCCCAUCUGCCUGGGCCUCUACCAAGAGCCGGUGAGCUUCGGCUGCGAGCACUACUUCUGCCGGCGCUGCAUCUCCGAGCACUGGAGCCGGCAGGAGGCGCAGGCGGCGCCGGCCCGCGACUGCCCCGAGUGCCGCCGGGCCUUCUCGGCGCCCGCCCUGGCGCCCAGCCUCAAGCUGGCCAACAUCGUGGAGCGCUUCGCCGCCUUCCCGCCCGAGGCCGCCCUGGGCGCGGGGGCGCGCCGGGCCGGGGGCGCGCCCUGCGGCAAGGCCCACGCCAAGGUGCGGCUCUUCUGCCUGACCGACCGCGCCGUCGUCUGCUUCUUCUGCGACCGGCCCGCCCUGCACGAGGAGCACCAGGUCACCGGCCUGGACGAGGCCUUCGAGGAGAUGCAGCGGGAGUUGAAGGAGCAGCUGCAGACCCUUCAGGACAGCGAGCGUGGGCACACAGAGGCCCUGACUCUGCUGAAGCACCAGCUGGCUGAGACCAAGUCCUCGGCCAAGAGCCUGCGGGCCACCAUCGGCGAGGCCUUUGAGCGGCUGCACCGGCUGCUUCGCGAGCGCCAGAAGGCCAUGCUGGAGGAGCUGGAGGCCGACACGGCCCGGACGCUGACCGACAUCGAGCAGAAGAUCCAGCGCUACAGCCAGCAGCUGCGCAAGGUGCAGGAGGGCAGCCAGAUCCUGCAGGAGCGGCUGGCGGAAUCCGACAAGCACUCCUUCCUGGCGGGCAUUGCGUCCCUCUCGGAGAGGCUGAAGGGGAAGAUCCAUGAAACGAACCUCACCUAUGAGGACUUCCCUACUUCCAAGUACAUGGGGCCUCUGCAGUACACAAUCUGGAAGUCGCUCUUUCAGGACAUCCAGCCAGUCCCUGCCCCUCUGACGCUGGACCCCGCCACCGCUCACCAGCGCCUGAUCCUGUCCGACGACUGCACCAUCGUCUCCUACGGCAACUUGCACCCGCAGCCGCUGCAGGAUUCGCCCAAGCGCUUCGACGUGGAAGUGUCGGUGCUGGGCUCGGAGGCCUUCAGCGGCGGCGUUCAUUACUGGGAGGUGGUGGUCUUGGAGAAGACCCAGUGGAUGAUCGGCCUGGCCCACGAGGCCGUCACCCGCAAGGGCAGCAUCCAGAUCCAGCCAAGCCGCGGCUUCUACUGCAUCGUCAUGCACGACGGGAACCAGUACAGCGCCUGCACGGAGCCCUGGACGCGGCUGAACGUCAAGAGCAAGCUGGAGAGAGUGGGCGUCUUCCUGGACUACGCAAAGGGCCUGCUCAUUUUCUACAACGCUGAUGACAUGUCCUGGCUGUACACCUUCCGGGAGAAAUUCCCUGGGAAAUUGUGCUCCUACUUCAGCCCCGGGCAAAGCCACGCCAACGGGAAGAACGUGCAGCCGCUCCGGAUCAACACCAUCCGCAUCUGAGGAUGCUCCUCGGGGCAACAUCUCAGCUGCCCUUGAUCCCUCUCAAGUUAGCAGGACUGAGCACAAGGGAUUCUUCACAGGUAGGCCAGGCCUGGCCAGUGGGAUUCCCCCAGGACAGAGAGUGGGAAUCUGUGGAUGAUGGGCCUUGGACUCCCUCCUUGGAGCCCUCUGCAAUGUUGAUGUCUGCCCAGCUGCAGCGAGGAAGGAUAUAAUGGGACACCUUUCAGGGAGCAGGGCUGCCAACGUUCUCUUUGUCGGCCCCAAACCUGUUCUUUGCAUGCUUUUCCCUGAAGUUCCCCGACCCUGUCAUUUUUGCAAAACUGGGGAAGGGGGUGGGUGGGUCCAUGCCACAGAUCUUAGCUGGUUUUAAUUCCUGCUUCAGGAGCUGGGCAGGAAGUAGCAGGGACAGACAGACCCAUCAGCAAAUAAAUGGGGCUAGCAGGUCUCAGCUGUUAGCUGGAUGUUUGUCCUGUUGCUCACAGGACGUGUUUGUUAAAAAGGGAUAAAAACAGAAUUAUCUGCUCUUUUAUCGUGCUUCGUGAGAGACCCAGGCUCCCUGCUCACCAGCCUCUGUGUACAAAAAAUGAGGGGACGAUGGGCCACAGUAGUUGCAUCCAUGCAAGCUUAACCUGACUGAUGAAUUAAUCAUGGUCUGGAUUCCCUCGACACGCUAAGCACCCCCCCACACCAAACCAGCAGGAUAUUUACUGACCAGCUGACAGCCACAGCGUGGCUAAACAGAGCUCUCUUGGGUGCAAGAGGCCCGUUUCACAAGAUAAGUGCUAAGAAAGAAUCCUGGAGGACCUCAAUGGGCCCCGUGGCCCCUACAGACUUGGUGCUAAAUGCCAGGCAUCUUUUCAGCUUAACCUUUAGUCUUAAAUCCAAACCGUUGUCUUGGACCGCUGCAUGUGACACUCCAUGCUGGCCACAAGAGGGCAGCAUUGGCUUAAUUCAUGCCAUUAACCACUUGCAUGAGAAGAAACCAGGGCCACUUCCAGGGUGGGGGGUGU